UUCCAGAGUGCUUCAUGAACAGGGCCAUCUUUGGUCGUCCUCGCCGGUGACAGUGUGGACAGUAUUUUCCACUGGUCAUUUUUGCCUCAUGGUUAAUAAAUAAUAUCACACAUUUGAACGGAGCCGCUUGCAGCACUCGGGCAGAGGACGGGAGUGAAUUCCCCGGUUUGUGGACGCACCGGCUCUUUCGUUCUGUCUUUCGAUAUCCUUCAUUUCUCCAGGCGUAAAGAGGGCGAGGAAGGGAGAGGCGCUGCUGAGACAACAUGGAUGAGGAAUAUGAUGUGAUCGUUCUGGGCACCGGACUCACAGAAUGCAUUCUGUCGGGGAUCAUGUCUGUGAAUGGGAAAAAGGUCCUGCACAUGGACAGGAACCCAUACUACGGUGGGGAGAGCUCUUCCAUCACCCCCCUGGAAGAGCUGUACAAGCGCUUCAAUCUAGGAGACAGUUCACCUGAGUCAAUGGGCAGAGGAAGAGACUGGAACGUCGACCUCAUCCCCAAGUUCCUCAUGGCCAAUGGUCAGCUUGUGAAGAUGCUGCUAUAUACAGAAGUGACACGGUACCUUGACUUUAAAGUAGUGGAGGGAAGCUUUGUCUACAAAGGAGGAAAGAUCUACAAGGUGCCAUCAACUGAGACCGAGGCCCUAGCUUCAAAUCUGAUGGGGAUGUUUGAAAAGCGAAGGUUUCGUAAGUUCCUAGUCUUUGUGGCCAAUUUCGAUGAGAAGGACCCCAAGACCUUCGAAGGCGUGGACCCCAAAACCACAACCAUGAGAGAUGUUUACAAGAAGUUUGACCUUGGCCAGGAUGUCAUUGACUUCACGGGCCACGCCCUGGCCCUCUACAGGACAGAUGACUACCUUGAUGCUCCCUGUUUGGAUACAAUCAACCGUAUCAAGCUCUACAGUGAGUCACUGGCACGAUAUGGGAAGAGCCCCUACCUUUACCCCCUGUAUGGUCUGGGAGAAUUGCCACAGGGCUUUGCCAGGUUGAGUGCGAUCUAUGGAGGAACCUACAUGUUAAACAAACCAGUGGAUGAGAUAGUGAUGGAAGGUGGACGUGUGAUUGGAGUGAAGUCUGAGGGCGAGGUGGCACGUUGUAAACAGGUCAUCUGCGACCCCAGCUACAUCCAGGAUCGUGUCCGCAAGGCGGGUCAGGUGAUCCGUGUGAUCUGCAUCCUCAGCCACCCCAUCAAAAACACUAAUGACGCCAACUCUUGCCAGAUCAUCAUCCCUCAAAAUCAGGUCAACCGCAACUCAGACAUCUACGUGUGCAUGAUCUCCUAUGCUCACAAUGUGGCAGCCCAGGGUAAAUACACCGCCAUUGUCAGCACCACAGUGGAGACCAGUGACCCCGAGGCUGAGAUCGAACCAGCUCUGGAGCUGCUGGAGCCCAUUGACCAAAAGUUUGUGGCUAUUAGUGACCUUUAUGAGCCUAUAGAUGAUGGUACUGAAAGUCAGAUUUUCACCUCAAGGUCCUACGAUGCCACCACUCAUUUUGAGACCACUUGCAAUGACAUCAAGGACAUCUACAAAUGUAUGACUGGCAGCGACUUUGACUUUGAGAACAUGAAACGCAAACAGAACGAUGUGUUUGGGGAAGAUGAGCAGUAAGGGGUAGGGGGGCUUCUUGGGAGAGGGCAGUAGUGGGAGAGGAGAUGGGGCAAAAAAAAAAGGGGGUGAAAUAGGCGGCAGAGCCUGGUGCAGGGGUGUUACUGUCAAGCAGUGCUUUAAAAA